AUGGCUAGAUCUUUUUGGGGUAAUUCUUCCUUUAUGCAUGCUUUUUCUCCCUCCCAUGGAGCUUCUGGGGGUAUUCUGGUAAUUUGGGAUGUGGAUUUGAUUUCACAAAAUCGUGUUUCCAUUCAUGAUGGAUUUGUUGCUAUAGAAGCGGUUUGGGUUCGUUCGGGGAGUGGAACUCCAAUCACCGUGUUAUGGCGGGUAGUAAAAAGGAAAAAUCUACAAGAUUUAUUAGAGUCUAUUGAUAAUAGGCUCAUGGAAGAUGAAGGCUCUGCUGACUUGAGAGAACAAAGAGUUUCUUUAUUGAAGGAGAUGUCUGAUCUUGACCAUCUUGAUCAACUUGAUCUCGUUCAAAAAGCUAAAAUUCAAUCGGGCAUCGAAGGGGAUGAGAACUCUAAAUUUUUCCAUGGUUUGCUUAACCGUAAAAGGCGACAAAUUGGCAUUCGUGGUUUGAUGAUCGAUGGUGUGUGGGUGGAUAAUCUGGCCAAGGUUAAAGAAGGAUUUCACAAUUAUUUUCAGUCUUUAUUUAAGAAGAACUCUUCAAGAAGACCGGUAACAGACGGUGCUCUCUUUAGUACUCUAUCCCAAACGCAGGUUGAUUAUUUGCAGUCUCCUUUUUCCUGCGAGGAGAUAAAAAAGGCUGUUUGGGACUGUGGUUCCAAUAAAGCCCGUGGCCCUGAUGGGUUUACUUUCGGAUUUUUAAAAAGAUAUUGGGACCUCGUUGCAACUGAUGUUGAGGCUUUUGUUCACCAUUUUUUCCACCAUUCUAUCAUUCCCAAGGGGUGCAAUGCUUCGUUUUUCACUAUUAUUCCAAAAGUGAGAGAUCCUAAAACUCCAAAAGAUUUUAGACCCAACCCAUUAGCCUUAUAG